AUGAACGCAGUGCGACACAACCUGAGUCUGCACAAAUGUUUUGUUCGUGUUGAGAACGUGAAAGGAGCCGUGUGGACUGUGGACGAGAGCGAGUACCAGAGGAGGAGGUCCCAGAAGAUCACAGGCACCUCCUCUGUGAGCAGGAGCGCCCUCGGGACUCCUCUGAGCAGCAGUCUACAGAGCGCUCUGGCUGAAGUGGCCCGACUGAAGACGGGAUUCCUGAAAAGAAACAAGAGAAACGUGACGGAGAAAACUGGCCUCGAGAAAACUGCACACGUCCAACAGUCCCUCUCGGAGCACACGCCUCUUCUGUCAGAAAAGCAUCGGAGCACGACGGAGAUGGACUCGUUUGAGCUGGACUGA